AUGGCUUUUCAAAGAGAAUCAUCCAGUAAAAGGUUCUUUAUUGUUUUUGGCUUGGUUUUCUUCCUAUACCAAAUUGUAGCUGCUAGGCUAGUUACUGCUCAUCCUAGCGGUCCUGCCGUAUUUGAUGUCACUAAAUUCGACGCAAAAGGAAAUGGCAAACCUGAAUACACUGAAGAUUAUGAAAAUGCCAAUUCGCUGUCAUUUAUUCAAGCAUGGCAAAAGGCUUGCAACAACAUAGGACCAUCAAAGUUGGUGAUUCCUAAAGGAACAUUUGUAGUUGCACAAGUUUUAUUUUCUGGACCUUGCCAAUCUCAAGUAACCGUCGAGCUUCAAGGAACUAUCACAGCGGACCCUGAUCCUAGUGUAUUUCCUAAUCAAGAAUUAAUCGUCUUCCAACAAGUUGAGGGUGCCAUAUUCACUGGUACUGGAAGUAUUAACGUUAACCAACCGCAACCACCGUGUGAUUCAGAAAAGAGUUUCACCUUUAUGGAAGUGAUGCCUAGUAUCAAGUUUAGUAAUGCUACGAGUUGUGUGGUUGAUGGUAUACAUUCCUUAAAUCCUGCACAAUUCCAUGUGUUGGUUGAAAAUAGCAAUAACAUAUCUAUUGUCAACGCCAACUUUGAUGCUACUACGGUUAAGCCUAAUACUCGGUCUAAUGCAAUCUACGUUAGUGGAUCAAGUUUGGUAUCAGUAGCCAACACUAACAUCAAAACUGGCGAUGAGUGCAUCACAAUUUCAGGAGGUUCAGCUGAUAUAUCUGUCACUGGAGUUACUUGUGUUGCUGGAAAAGGAAUCAGUGUUGGAGCCCAACUAGAUGGUUUUCACCCUGAUUACAAUGUGAAGGGGGUAAAAGUUAAGAAUUGUACUUUCAAAGGAACGUCAUUUGGUGCAAGAAUCAAUGCUCGACCAACCGAUAAAGUUGGUGAAGUAUCAAACAUCAUUUUUGAAGAUUUAGUUAUGGAUCAAGCUUUGAAUCCAAUUGGAAUUAAGCAAGAUUAUCUUCCUUUACCUGACAAGCCAAAUCUUGCAAAGAUCACAAAUGUCCACUUCAAAAACAUUAGGGGAACAACAACAACAAAUGCGGCAGUCUCUUUUGUGUGCAGUAAAUUGGCUCCAUGUGAUGAAAUAAAAGUGUCUGAUGUGAAUCUCAGUUUCACAGGAAAAUCAACCUUAGUUGAUAAAUCAUCCUUAGUUGGAAAGGUUGCCAACAUUCUUUCAACUACAUGUGUAAAUGCAAAAGUUAAGUUUAGCGGGAAGCACGAUGGCUUGAAUUGCGCAUAA